UAGGCAGGCGUCCUUCACUCUGCCAGCAAGUGUCAGGAGUUUUAAACAUGAAGCCAUUCAGUUUGAGUAUUAUUCUAGGGUAUUCUGAAGUGAGUCUGUUUUUGUGUUUUGGACUGAGGUUGCUUUCUGAUGAUGAAGGAUGGGUGAGGAACAGGCUUAUAAGUGUUGUGACAUAAAGCCUUGCACUUGCUUGUUGAGAGACGAGGGACUCAGGUCUCCUUGGGACCAAGCAUUUUCUCCUUUAUCAGGCCCAUUUAAACGCUGGGUGCUCCGCCAUUGGCGUGUGCUACCUGGGUGGGUUAAUAAGGACUUGGACUGGCUCUGUGUGAUACAGUACUCAGGAUGUCUGUGUUAGCACAUGGACUUGUCUGAGGCAGAAGGUGGCCGUGGUGUCACUGAGACAGGACUAGCAAGAGGUGUGCAUUUGUCCUGGCUGUAUCUGCCACUUCUGGAAAGAUGUCUUUUUCAGGCUGAUGAAGAAAAUCCUGCCUCCCAUCAGACUAGACGGAAAGAAACACAAGGCUAAUGUUGUCUGCAGUUCUCCUAAAUUGCCUAUCAAACAGCUCCCACUGGCUUCUCUCUGAUUACAGCUAGGAGAGAGGUGGAGGGAGCAGUUCUAUUCCAGAUGAAUUCUCAAGUGAUCUAUUUAAAGAAGACACCAGAAGAGGCCUACAGAGCACUGCUAUCUGGCUCAACUCCCCCUUAUCUUCCAUUCAGUCCAUACAGUUUGUCAAGAAAGAAAAUUGUACACUACACCUGCUUUGACCAACGGAAAAGGGCCAAUGCCGCCUUUCUGAUCGGCGCCUAUGCU